CUGGCAUCUUUUAGUGCGACAUUUAUGAGACGUCCGUCGGACGCCGCUGGUGGCUAUCAAAUCGCAGACGACUACACGACUUUCACGCUGAUCUGUCGCCGAAAGUGGCCAUCAUGUCCCUCUUUGGUGCAGCAACGAACACCUUCGGGGGCACGUCGGGUUUUGGCGUCGGUUCGACGACCAUGAACCAACCUGCUCCGGCAGUAAAAGAUAUUGAGGUUGCCCAGCCUCCGACAGACAGUGUUUCAGCACUCAGCUUCUCGCCACAAGCGGAAUUCCUCGCAGUUUCGAGCUGGGAUAACUCAGUUCGUAUCUACGGCAUCGAAGGGAAUGGAAGUACAUCGGGAAAAGCGACGUACAAUCACGAGGGGCCGGUACUAGAUGUGACGUGGAGCAAAGAUGGGACCAAAAUCCUUUCUUGCGGGGCGGACAAAGCUGGUCGAAUGUUUGAUGUGAAUACUGGGCAAAGCUCGCAAAUUGCUGCUCACGACCAACCUAUCAAGGCCAUGCGGUGGAUCGAUCUGAACGGCGGCAUUGUAGCCACGGGAAGUUGGGACAAGACAGUCAAGUACUGGGACCUGCGGCAACAGCAACCAAUAGCGACAGCACAGCUGGCGGAGAGAUGCUACUCAAUGGAUGUCAGCGGGCAGUACAUGGUCGUAGGGACAGGGGAGAGAAAGAUUCAAGUCUUCGAUCUCGCAGCUAACCCAGGAUCGCCAAUCAUGACACUCGACAGCCCGCUUAAGUGGCAAACACGCGUCGUCAGCUGCUUCCAGAGGAACGACCCGCCAGGGCAGCCUUUCCCGCCCGGCUACGCCGUCGGCAGCAUUGAGGGCCGCGUUGCCAUUCAAUACAUCAAGGAGGAAAACAAAAGUCUCAACUUCUCGUUCAAGUGUCACAGGAAGGACUCGCCAGUACCAAGGGAGCCUCAACAGCUCUUUUCUGUCAAUGCUAUCAGCUUCCAUCCGAUCCAAGGCACCUUCUCAACGGCAGGCUCCGAUGGCACCAUCAACUUCUGGGAUAAAGAUAGCAAAACACGUCUCAAGACGUUUGAAGCCAAAAAUGGACCGAUCUCGGCGACGGCAUUCAACCGCAACGGAUCGAUCUUUGCAUAUGCGGUCAGCUACGACUGGCACAAGGGAUACCAGUACGCUGGGCCAUCGCAGCCCAAUCAGAUCUUUCUCCACGCGACCAAGGAGGACGAAGUAAAAAGGCGACCAAAGAAGAAUUGAUGGCCCAGGCAGAACAAGCACGACAGCGCUGCCACUUGUACAGUAGCUCAGUUGCACAUGUAUGCAAUAUC